AGCGGAUUUCCGGCCAGAGUAUAGCAAUCUCUGCUGGCGGCGUGUGGCUCUAUGACUGCAGGAUGUAUGCGGUGUACCGGCAGGCCCAUCCCCCCACCGGGCUGGAGUUCUCCAUGUACUGCAACUUCUUCUCUAAUGCUGAAAAGAACCUGGUGGUCGCUGGCACUUCUCAGAUCUACGUGUAUCGCCUCAACCAUGACGUCGAGAGCUCCAACAAAGGGGACAAGGGAUCCGAUGGGAAGGGCCACAAGGAGAAGCUGGAGCUAAUGGCAUCCUUCUCGUUCUUUGGUAAUGUCAUGUCCAUGGCCAGUGUUCAGCUGGCAGGAGCCAAGAGAGAUGCCCUGUUACUCAGCUUCAAGGAAGCCAAGCUGUCUGUGGUGGAGUAUGAUCCUGAGACCCACGACCUGAAGACCUUGUCUCUUCAUUACUUUGAGGAGCCAGAGCUACGGGACGGCUUUGUGCAGAAUAUCCACAUCCCCAAGGUCCGGGUCGACCCCAGUGGCCGAUGUGCGGUUAUGCUGAUUUAUGGCACCAGCCUGGUGGUGUUGCCCUUCCGGAGAGAGACCCUGUCAGAGGAGCAUGAUGGGCAAAUGGCUGAGGGGCAGAAGUCCAGCUUCCUUCCCAGCUACAUCAUCGAUGUUCGGGAGCUGGACGAGAAGCUGCUGAACAUUAUCGACAUGCAGUUCCUCCAUGGAUACUAUGAGCCCACGCUACUUAUCCUGUUUGAGCCAAACCAGACGUGGCCCGGGCGUGUGGCCGUGCGUCAGGACACCUGCAGUAUUGUGGCCAUCUCCUUGAACAUUCUGCAGAAGGUUCAUCCCGUCAUCUGGUCGCUCUCCAGCCUUCCCUAUGACUGCACUCAGGCCCUGGCCGUGCCCAAGCCUGUUGGUGGAGUUGUCAUCUUUGCUGUAAACUCCCUGCUGUAUCUGAACCAGAGCGUUCCUCCGUAUGGCGUUUCCCUCAAUAGUCUGACAAAUGGGACCACCUCUUUCCCUUUAAAGCCACAGGACGGCGUGCGGAUAUCCCUGGAUUGUUCUCAGGCGACGUUCAUUUCCUAUGACAAGAUGGUGAUUUCUCUGAAGGGCGGUGAGAUUUAUGUCCUGACUCUGAUCACAGACGGGAUGAGAAGCGUUCGCUCCUUUCACUUCGACAAGGCAGCAGCAAGUGUUCUGACUACAUCUAUGACGCUGAUGGAACCCGGAUAUCUAUUUCUGGGUUCACGUUUAGGGAACUCGCUGCUGCUCCGAUACACAGAGAAGGUCCAGGACAGCCCCUCAGGACUUGGGAAGGACCCCGAGAAGAUGGAUGAGCCACCAAGUAAGAAGAAACGAGUGGACGCUUCUCUGUCCCGACCCGGCGGUAAGGGGGUGCUGCUGGAUGAGAUUGAUGAGAUCGAGGUGUACGGAAAUGAGAUGCUUUCAGGCACGCAGCUCUCCACAUACUCGUUUGAGGUGUGUGACAGUAUCCUGAACAUUGGACCCUGUGCUAUGGCCUCCAUGGGCGAACCGGCCUUUCUGUCUGAAGAGUUUCAGAACAGCCCAGAGCCGGAUCUGGAGAUCGUCCUGUGUUCUGGAUAUGGGAAGAACGGGGCCCUGUCAGUGCUGCAGAAAAGCAUCCGGCCGCAGGUGGUGACCACGUUUGAGCUUCCUGGCUGCCACGACAUGUGGACAGUGAUCUCCUCUCACAAGAAGGAGGAGGCUGAGGACAAGGAGAGAGAGACGAGCAGCGCUGUGGAGCCGGAGGAUGACGAUGAGAAGAACCGCCAUGGCUUCCUCAUCCUGAGCCGGGAGGACUCCACUAUGAUUCUUCAGACCGGACAGGAGAUCAUGGAGCUGGACACCAGCGGAUUCGCCACCCAGGGCCCCACCGUGUACGCUGGGAACAUAGGAGACAACAAAUACAUUAUACAGGUGUCACCGCAGGGGAUCCGCCUGCUGGAGGGAGUGAUUCAGCUGCAGUUCAUCCCCGUGGACCUGGGCUCCCCCAUCAUCCACUGCGCCGUGGCCGAUCCCUACGUGGUGAUACUUAGUGCCGAGGGUCAAGUCUCCAUGAUCCAGCUGAAGAGCGACUCGUUUGGAGGCAAAACUCACAGACUGGCCCUUCAGAAGCCCGGCCUCCAUUAUCAAUCGAAGGUCAUCGCUCUGUGCGUGUAUCGGGAUGUGAGCGGCAUGUUCACCACCGAGGCCCGCUCAUCUCAGGCCAAAGAAGAGAGCGCCGCUCAGAGCGCCCCCGGGGCCGACCCUGUGAUCCAGGAGAUGAGUCACUCAGUAGAUGAUGAGGAUGAGAUGCUUUACGGCGACUCCGGAUUUCCGUCCAGUCCCGGUAAGGAUGAGCCGCGCCGGAGUAACUCCUCUGCCGACAGAGACUCCUCCCAGCACAAGAUGGAGCCGACCCACUGGUGUGUGCUGGUGAAAGAGAACGGAGUGAUGGAGAUUUACCAGCUUCCUGAAUGGCGCUUGGUGUUUCUGGUGAAGAACUUCCCGAUGGGGCAGCGCGUCCUGGUGGACAGCUCUUCUGUGCAGACGUGCGCCCCCGGAGAGGGCAGGAAGGAGGACGCCCGCCAGGAUGAGAUGCCGCUGGUCAAGGAGGUGCUGCUCGUCGGGCUGGGAAAUCGCCAAAGUCGUCCAUAUCUAUUGGUCCUUGUAGACGUUGAGCUGAUGAUUUAUGAGGCGUUUCCACUUUCUCCAGGAGCAAAGGGCAACCUGAAAGUUCGUUUUAGGAAGGUUCCUCACAAUAUUAAUUUCCGUGAGAAGAAGCAGCGACAAUCCAAGAAGAAGUGUGAAGGGUCGAGUGAGGAUUUUGCAGCUCGAGGUCGUGUGGCUCGCUUCCGCUAUUUCCAGGAUAUCUAUGGAUACUCGGGGGUCUUCAUCUGUGGACCAUCUCCUCACUGGCUCAUAGUCACGUCCCGUGGAGCGCUGCGGCUUCAUCCCAUGACCAUCGAUGGCAGUAUUGAGUCGUUUGCCCCCUUCCAUAACGUCAACUGCCCCAGAGGCUUCCUCUACUUUAACCGACAGGGUGAGCUGCGGAUCAGCGUCCUCCCGGCAUAUUUAUCCUAUGAUGCUCCGUGGCCUGUGAGGAAGAUUCCCCUUCGCUGCACCGCACAUUACGUGUCCUAUCACGUGGAAUCCAAAGUUUAUGCUGUAGUCACCAGUGUGAACGACGUAUGUACUCGAAUCCCUCGCAUGACCGGGGAAGAGAAAGAGUUUGAGACUAUUGAGAGAGAUGAUCGUUACAUUGCUCCUCACCAGGAGGUCUUCUCCAUCCAGCUCAUCUCGCCCGUCAGCUGGGAGACCAUUCCUAAUACCAGGAUAGAUCUGGAGGAGUGGGAGCAUGUCACCUGUAUGAAAACGGUCAGUCUGAAGAGCGAGGAGACCGUGUCGGGACUGAAGGGGUACAUCGCUGCGGGAACGUGCGUCAUGCAAGGGGAGGAGGUGACCUGCCGAGGUCGGAUUCUCAUCAUGGAUAUCAUUGAGGUUGUCCCAGAGCCCGGGCAGCCACUGACCAAGAAUAAGUUUAAGGUCUUGUAUGAGAAGGAGCAGAAGGGUCCGGUCACUGCGCUGUGUCACUGUAACGGAUACCUGGUGACCGCUAUUGGCCAAAAGAUCUUCCUGUGGAGUUUGAAGGACAAUGACUUGACGGGAAUGGCGUUUAUAGACACCCAGCUCUACAUCCACCAAAUGAUCAGCGUCAAGAACUUCAUCCUGGCUGCCGACCUCAUGAAGAGCAUCUCUCUGCUGCGGUACCAGGAGGAGAGCAAGACCCUGUCUCUGGUCAGCAGGGACGUGAAGCCUGUGGAGGUUUACAGUGUGGAGUUCCUGGUGGAUAAUUCUCAGCUCGGCUUCUUGGUGUCCGAUCGAGACAGAAACCUGCUCCUGUACAUGUACCUCCCAGCAGCAAAAGAAAGUUUUGGCGGACUCCGUCUCUUGCGGCGUGCAGACUUCCAUGCAGGGUCCCAUGUAAAUGCUUUCUGGAGAACACCGUGCCGCGGCGCCAGUGAGAGCUCAAGCCGCAAAACAGCGCUGUGGGACAACAAACACAUCACGUGGUUUGCCACUUUGGACGGAGGAAUAGGUUUGCUGCUCCCGAUGCAGGAGAAGACGUACCGGAGGCUGCUGAUGUUACAGAACGCCCUGAUCACCCACAUACAACACCACGCUGGACUCAAUCCCAGGGCAUUCAGAAUGUUGCACAGUGGACGCAGAAACCUGCAGAACGCGGUGAGGAACGUGCUGGAUGGAGAGCUCCUGAACAGAUACCUGUAUAUGAGCACCAAUGAGCGCAGUGAGGUGGCCAAGAAGAUCGGAAUAAGCUCCACCGAUAUCAUUCUGGAUGACUUGCUGGAGAUUGAGAGGGUGACAUCACAUUUUUGAGGCCACGUCCUGAUUUCUAAACAUUUUGUAUAAAUUUUUCUUUUUAUCGCUCUGGACAUUCUCCACCCAAUGCUGUUUCAUCAUCUUCGUAUCUGCAGAGGACAUUGGAGCGAUCGCCCGUCAUCCGUGACACUUUGUGACGGAAGUUUUAGAUGACGUAUUUUUGUAAAUACAACCUGUCAUUUCAUACAAUGUCUGCGUCAUUCUGUGAACCCUACUGUGCAGUCCGACCAGCAGGAGGGAACCU